UCUGCAACUUUGUCACUCCAUAGCCUUUUCCUCUUAUCACGGCUCCUCCUCGUCUCUCUCUCUCUCACGCGCCGGAUCUCUCCCCUUCAUCAUCCAUGGCUUGUCGGAGCGGCUGCAGCUGCUUCUUCUUCUUCCUUUUCUUCUUCAUUGUCUCUCUGAUCCACCGGUUCCACGCUCAAACCGUCUCCUUGCCGAAGACAUUCCUCCUCCCAGUCACCAAAGACGCCUCGAGCCUCCAGUACCUCGCCAAGAUCCGCCCCGGUGGCGAUCCUCCGCGUCCCCUCACCCUCGUCCUCGAUCUCGGCGGCCCCCAGCUCUGGACUUCCCACGCGCCCCCCACGCGCCUCCGUGUCCCCCUCCGCUCCGUCGAGUGCCUCUCCGCCGCGAACUCCGGCGACGAGCGGACGCGCCGGGGUAGCACGUGCGUAGUCAUCUCGGGUAACGUCGUCACCGGGUUGGCUGCCCCUUCCGAGCUGUCAGAGGGCGCCGUAACCGUGGAAUCUUCCCACGCCGCGUCCAUCCCCGCCGUGCACAAACUGCUGUUUGCUCUCUCCCCCGAGUAUCUGCUGAGCGGCCUGGCGAGUGGCGCGAGCGGGAUGCUGGGCUUGGGGAGGGCCCGUACUGCCCUGCCAAAUCAGCUCGCCGCGGCGUCCGGCGGAGACAGGAGGUUCUUCCUCUGUCUGUCGGAGUCGGACGGCGUCAUCGCCGUCGGGGGGGACUGGCCGUACUUUUCUUCUCCCUCAUCGGGGGCUGACGUCUCGAAAUCGAUGGUCUACGCGCCGCUGUUGACCGCCGAGCCGGGGAGUUCCGGCGAGUACUCGGUCAAACUCAGAUCGAUUGAAGUCAACGGCGAGAGAUUGACUCUCAACUCUUCUUCCAUGCAACUGAGCACUGUCGUGCCUUACACGACUAUGGAGAGCUCCAUCUACAGAGCCUUCACCGGAGCCUUUGCAAAGGCGGCGGCGGCCAUGAACAUAACAAGGGCGGCGGUCCCCGCGGCGACUCCGUUCGAGCUCUGCUUCUCAGCCGGCAGCGUCAGAACGACGCCAACCGGGCCUGCAGUGCCGGAAAUCGACUUGGUGCUGCAGAGCGAGAUGGUGAGGUGGAAGGUCCACGGGAGGAACUCGAUGGUGCGUGCGAACGAUGACGUGAUGUGUCUGGGAAUCCUUAACGGAGGGCCGGAGCAGAAGCACGGCGUCGUGUUGGGAGGGCAUCAGUUGGAGGACGUUCUGAUGGAAUUCGACUUGGGUGCUUCCGUUGUAGGGUUCAGUAGAUCCCUGCUGAUGAGCCAGACACGUUGCAAGGAUUUCUCUUAACUCUUUGUUAUCUAACGAGUAAAGACCUAUUGAUAUUUGUAAAUUAUAGCCAAGGAAUUACAUCAGUUUUGCCCUUUUCUCAUCGCGAAA